GGUUCUACUUUACUUUGAAAACAUGAUGAGGGAGGCGAAAAGCCUUUCAGAAGUUUUCAGAGAAAUGAGGAAUAGUUCUGAAUUUAUGAUUGAGCAAAGGCGAAAAAUCAUAGAAGAAGAUCGAUGCAAACGGCUCAAUGCUAUAAAUGCACUGCGAGUGCAACGAGAGAAAACUUCUGAGAUUAACGCUUUGGCGCGGGCGAUUAUCGAGAAGUGUAGUGAACACGAGUCGGCUGUUAUGGAGACCACAGAUAACAUGGAAUCAGAUGCCCAAGAGAAUUUGCAAGAACAUCUAGCGCAAAUUGAAACGUGGUCAUCCGAUUAUCAAGGGCAAGAAGACAUAGCGCUGGAAGCGCUUUCAUCGUUACAAAUCACGCAUGAAGGAAACGCUUUGAUAUGCGCUGCAUUAGAGGACACCCAUGACACAACGGUUGAGAUCAAUGAGUCUCUUAAGAAAAACGCAACGGAAUUCGAGCAGACCUUAACCUCUACUAAUAUAGCCGGUUAUGAAGAGGCGCGAAGUGUUCUGGAUUCUGUUGAUCGACUCUGUGUCGAUCUGAAGGGUAUCAAGGAUGAAACGAAGAAGAAUGAAGAACAGUAUGGAACGCAGCAGGCGAAACGUGAGCAGACCUGGUGCAAGAUAUGCGCGAUCGUCUAGGCGUCAUAAACAAAGACUUCGCUGAAAUGGUUGAGGAGCACUGGUUGCAUCCACAAAAGUCAGGUGAUACUCCAGCGAAAAAACGGCGUAACAUAGCGGAAGAUGACCAGAUUCCCACUGUACCCAAAAAGGAGGCCAUACUGAAAGAGAAAGGAUACGAAGAAGAGACACCAAAAAAAUCCCGAUCUCGAACCAGGGAGUCGCUUUUGGAGGUGCAAAACGUUUUCUUAUCGCCGGAUACAUUAGCUGCAAAGAGGAAAGCUCGUCUGGAGGAUAUAUCAGAGGUAGCGUAACUGGAAGCCGCUACGAAAGAAGCAAAUCUGACCCUGAAAAUGUAGAAAAUUGAUACCUCGCUUUUUAACAACUCAAAUUUGUAAACAUACCUCGAGUCAAUCAUGCCUAAGUUGUUUCUACCUUUAGACACAUACUUUUGCUUUGUUAGCGCAGAUAACGAAAUCAUCGCGGUCGCUGUGGCGGCGCGGUACCAUCUAUCCUUUGUCACAUUUAGACCUGUGCAUUCAUAUUACUGAACCGUUAUGGUGGCCUGCUAAUGCAUUAGUUGUAUCUGCAUCUUCUAUAUCAUAUCGAAGCUGAUAAACAC